AUGGCUGAAAGCUACAUAACCGAUACGGACACCUGGCUGAUUCAUGGCUUCCAAAAUGCUCUUUGGAAACUACUGGCCAAGCAGCCUUUCCGCUUCAUUCUAGCAAAAAUUCGAAGGAGAAAUAACACACGACAAAAGUUGAAUCGUAAACAGCGCGAAGAAGCGCUCAAUAGUUUCAUACUCUCCCUGAGCGAUCAACAGCUUGCCACUGGGCUGGCCAUACUCAUUGCAGCUGUCACAAAUCAAUGUACGCUGACACCUCCCGAUUUCCGAGUUGCGUUCGCACUGGCUUGGUUCUCAACAACUACGCAUCUGGCAACGCUGGAUAGUCUACGUCAAUACUUUGUACAACAUGCGAUGCUAAGAAACGUCCGAAUAAUCGGAAUGCUUGCCUUUAUGGCCCUUUUCCUGUACAGCUUCCUUGUCGUACUUCUUAUGGAGAACAGUCCUGAUAGUCUUGUCCCCGUCCAAUGCCAUGUCCAAGGCUCGGUCAAAUUAUACAGCGACGAAGAGAUUACACUUUCCAAGUACUUUGUGCCUUGGGUUAUGACGGUACUGUUUCUCAUAUUUGAGUACAAGGCUGCACUUCUCAGAACAUACGAUUAUGGCGAUCAAGACUUGAUUGGUUUGGGUGCUUUAUCGAAGAAUGUACUUGCGCUUUGGAGCCGCUGGAGACAUCCCAAAAACUUACAUCUACCUCAUAUGUCGACCAAGGAAUGGCGCUACGUCCAAAACGAGUUCGCGCUAGAGCUUUUUGCUGCCCAACGCCGGGGACUGCUGGAGGGUGUAAUGCAAGUCCCAGCCAACACCAAGCACUGGCGUAGGCUUAACAAGACCUACCAAUAUGCAGAGCAUAGACACUGGCAAUCUUUGCUUCCACUCGCUUUUCCAAUGAUAUUCAUGAUGGUCUACGGGUUUGUACAGAUGUUGAUGUUCCGCCUGGAACUCGGGGAAAUUAAUGGUAUCGAGUUUGACUCGUCAAUGGGGUUUGGUCAAAUCAUCCCGUUGAUUCUUCUCGCCCUACCAUUUCUCGCAGCAGCAGAGCUAUAUAGCGAGUCCAAAACUGUACCGCUCCAAACAAAACCGCUUGAAUUCAGCUCGGCAGCCACCGGCGAAUCAACUUCAGCUAUUGAAUUCACGGCCAUGAAUCGAACACUCACGUUGCCCAUGACCUCGUCUGCAGACAGUGGUGACUCUGAGCUGGUGCAGCUAGAGCAAAACGCUCUCGAAUACGCCGCUCAACUCGCAGACAUACAACGAUACUUCUACGCCGACACCAAGUGUAUACAAAGACUGCAGGUCGCAGCCAAAACCGAACAAGAAGUCAAGGAAACCCUGAAAAAGAAGGCGGCUCUUCUGAAAGCGACGAUUGAGUACCGUGCGUCGGAACAACACAUGAAAGGCUUCUCAUGGGUGAUGACACUGAUACUGUUUUCUCGAGUAUCAGUUGCUGUCAUUAUGCCCACAUUGAUUAACUUGGGGAAGUAUUCUUUCAGUGGGACCGCGGGUGGGUUUUGGAUUCUAGCUCUUGGAGCUCACCGGUUUUACACUUGGAUCAAGAGGCUACGCUGCAUCAAAGUUGAGAGGUAUCUACGACUUUUGGAGGACUAUCGCGCGAAGAAGAUACCCACGGGCCUGUAA